AUGCUGUUCUGUGUUACUUCAGUUUCUGCUAAGGUCUCAAGAAUAGUUAUAGACGACUUAGUAAGAAAUGGAUUCACAGAAAAGAAAGUAUUUGAUGGCAUUAUAAAUGACAUAAUGAAAGAUGACGGAUGGAAGCAGAAUACAGUAAUCCAGCUUAGAACUCCCGAAGACUGGCUGGAGUUUAAAAUACGUCCGUGCGCUGUCCUAAUCAUCGCGUACCCAUCAGGCGACCAAAAGGUUUCUUCUGAAGAAGUGGCUGAGUAUAAUGCGUACUAUAUAAAUAUGCUGAAAGUCAGAGCCACUUUUUUAAAUUGUGCUAAUUUAAUUGAAGUGGAUGAGACCCAAAUAGAUAAAAUAUACAAGCACAGGAUUAGGCCAACCUGGCAGGAGUACUUUAUGUCCUUGGCUGAAAUGGCAUCUCUUAGGUCUAAUUGCAUGAAAAGAAAAGUAGGUGCAGUUUUAGUUAGGCAUAACAGGAUUAUUUCAGUGGGGUAUAAUGGAACAUCCACGGGCACCACUAAUUGUUCUGAUGGUGGGUGUGAGCGGUGUAAUACAAACAUACACAAAGGCAAGGAAUUAUCCGAUUGUUUUUGCAUACACGCGGAGGAAAGUGCUUUUUUAGAAAGGAAUUCUUUAGAGGUAGUAGGAGCCCAGUUAUACACCACACUUUAUCCAUGCAGAUUAUGUGCAAGGAAGAUUAUACAAUUAAAAGUGUCUAAGUUGUAUUAUAUAGAAGAGUACGUCCAUGACAAGGAAAUACAAACCCUGUUUGCUAAAAACAACAUAGAGGUCUGUCAGCUCAGUAGUACUGUUGAUAGAACCGAAUAAUAUAAAGAUCAGAGUAUGACACUUGCUUGAGUAUAAGAAUCCUUGUAGGGUCAGGAGUAUACUAAGCACAGUGCUACUCUACUAAAAUAAAAAUGGAUUCAAACU